UGGGCUUCCUGUCCUUGCAGUGUGAUGACAUUGAUUCCCCCUCCACUUCUCCUUUUACUCAGAUAGCCCCGGGCACCCUUGUCGCCAACCAGCCUUGUCGCAGCGCCUCCAGGACAAUCAUCAAAUCUGCCUAGGGGACUGAGGAGCAGCACCCACAGAAGUGCAAGAAUAUCCCAGGAUGGGCAUGAGCAGCUUGAAAUUGCUGAAGUAUGUCCUGUUUUUCUUCAACUUGCUCUUUUGGUUCUGCGGCUGCUGCAUUUUGGGCUUUGGGAUCUACUUCCUGGUCCACAACAACUUUGGGGCCCUCUUCCACAACCUCCCCUCCCUCACGCUGGGCAACGUGCUUGUCAUCGUGGGCUCCAUCAUCAUGGUGGUUGCUUUCCUGGGGUGCAUGGGCUCCAUCAAGGAGAACAAGUGCCUGCUUAUGUCGUUCUUUGUCCUGCUGUUGAUCAUCCUCCUCGCUGAGGUGACCUUGGCCAUCCUGCUCUUCGUGUAUGAACAGAAGCUGAGCGAUUCGGUGCGGGAGGGCCUGACUGACAGCAUCCAGCGAUACCACUCGGACAACAGCACCAGGGCGGCGUGGGACUCCAUCCAGAAGUUUCUGCAAUGUUGUGGUGUAAAUGGCACAAGUGAUUGGACCAGCGGCCCACCAGCUACUUGCCCUAAAGAUCCACAAGUUAAGGGUUGCUACAUAAAAGCAAAAUCGUGGUUUCAGUCCAACUUCCUGUAUAUCGGCAUCAUCACUAUCUGUGUCUGUGUGAUCCAGGUGUUGGGGAUGUCCUUUGCGCUGACUCUGAACUGCCAGAUUGAUAAAACCAGCCAGGCCCUAGGGCUGUGACCUGCUACUGCCUUUGCCGAAAAGACUCGUUUCAUCUCUGGAAAUCCAAAACCACCUACAGCAUGAAGGCCUAAAUGAUCACCUCCCGGGCUGGCAUCAUUGUCCCGCUCUCAUCUCUUCCCUGUUUUGACCCCUUUCUCACACAACCAGAGAAGAGGGUGUUGGACAGGCAUUUCCCAUCUCUGGAAGCAGGAUAUCAUUCACCCACUCAUGGUGGCAGCCAUGCCACUCGAAGUGGUGACACUAAUACCUGAGCAUUUUUCAGACACGAGAGACCAAGAGAACCUGUGGCACUAAUGGCCCAAGAUCAAAGGAUGGGUCUAGGACUCGAAUUUUUGCAUCUUGUCAUUGUCAGGUCUCUAGUCUCUAAAUCAUGCCCAGUUCACUCCAAAGUCAAGAAAGACACAAGCUGAAGGGAUGUCUGGGGCCAGACUUACUGGAUCAUUGUCUGUGGGCCUUGGCUACGGGAAUGACAGAGUAUUCUCUCUUCACAAAUAGUGGGGUUUCAUUUCAAUUUCAUAUUCAUUCAUUCUGUCCUUCCAGAAGAAACUAUGCAGUUAUUCAUAUCCCGACUUCAGCCAAUCUCUUAGCCUUUGAUUUACAUAACUGUGGAAGAACUCACCAGGACCAGUAUCUCUGGUGGUUCAGAUGAUACUCACAUUCAGAAGAGUUCUGAUAUUUUUUCUUUAUCACAUAAGGUUUUGUUAAUGAGCUAUUUUAACUCUUUAAUAAAUAAAAUAGCAUAUGAUCUCAA